CAUCACUGCACGGUGCCCACGUACAGCUGCGCGGUGACGGCCCUCGCCAUCCACCCCCUCACCAACAACCUCGUUAUCGCCUACUCGGACCAGCAGCUGUUCGAGUUCAGCAUCCCCGAGAAGCAGUACACGGCCUGGAGCCGCACGGUGCAGAACUGCGGGCUGCACAAGGCCUGGCUGGAGAGGGACUCGCCCAUCACCCACAUCGCCUUCAACCCCAAGAACCCCUCGCACAUCCUGCUCCACGACAUCUACAUGUUCUGCGUCCUCGACAAGUCCCUG